AAUGGUUGAAUUAAAGGAAGUGAGGGUUGCUGGUGAGAGUGCACAGGAAUAGAAAUGUCUAAGCAUGUACAAUAUUUACGACAUAAGCGACAGGAGGGGACAUCAACAGUCACAGCUACAGCAGCAGCAUCCGUUAGAGGAACAGCUGCAUCCUGAGGAGCAGCUUGAAGCUGCUGAUAGUACAGCUGUCAAAGCUUUAAGAUUACUGACACCAGCAACAGCUUGUUCUGCCGCUAUUUCCCUUAUUUUAGCAAUAUCUACCCCUUGCUGGUUGUACACUGAGGAAAGAUUCAAGAACCAGAAUAGAACUGUUAUGUUUGGAAAAAACUCCUCUCCAGAAUAUCUCUCCAAGAAAACAAUCAGCGGCAUGUGGACACUAUGCCAAACCAAAUUAAGCGGAUCUAAUUACAGCUGUGGUUCAAUAAACUAUUUUCCCGUUGAAGAAUAUAGAGCUGAUGAUGCAGAUUCAACCAAUGCCAUUCCACAUGCUAUGUUGAACAGUAGUGGAUAUAUCCUUGUAUCCUGUAUAAUGUUACUGGUGGCAGAAUAUUUCUGUUUUGCAGGACUUUUCAUCAGGAAAAAUAUAAUUCUUAUCAAAAAAAAAAACAGUAGAAAAGAAAAAAGUAUUUACCUUCAUAUCUGGGAUAAUAUUCAUACUUGGAGGUAA